GACACGCAGCCGCGGCUGGCCAGCGCGGAAAUGCUGCCCCGGAGGCUGGGGGCGGGAAGGCGGCUGCGGGCGCAGCGGCCACGAGGACUGGGCUCCGAGGGUGCUCAGGGUUAAAGGCGCUGGACCUUUCCCCAGCCAAGGCACGCACAGCAUCCAGCACUGUUGCCGUGCCCGAGGACGCCCGCACGGGACCUGGGACUGCCAGCGAAGAACCCCUCCUGGGCUCUUUUAACGAAUAGCAGAUGCGAACGCUUCUUCCCUCCCGCAGGAAAUCCUAAGCCCGGCGCGCUCGGGCACCAGAAGGUGGAACCGCAGCCACCCUCAAGUCACCGAAAAGUCUCUGAUACCCGAACUGCAGGUGGCACCCGCCCCACUCUUCCCUCUCCGCUCCUCUCCGUCCACCCAACACGCACAGGCCCUCCAAAGAGAACUUCUAGCGGAAGACGACUCUUCUACGGAAAAGCGACUGUCUCGCAAGACCAGGGAAAGCUCCCGAGAGAGAAAGUCAAGGCGCCCCGGCCCUGGGAUCGCCAGCCCAGUCCCCGGCGCCUGCCGAGACCGCGCGAACGAGAAGGGUACGGCGCCGGGCGGGGACUGGGCGCGCGGGCAUGAAGUUGGAGGUGUUCGCCCCGCGCGCGGCCCACGGGAACAAGCCGGGCAGCGACCUGGAGGGCGCGGGCGGCAGCGACGUGCCGUCUCCGCUGUCGGCCGGGGACGACUCCCUGGGCUCCGACGGGGACUGCGCGGCCAACAGCCCGGCAGCGGGCGGCGGCGCCGAGGAUCCGGCGGCCUGUAGCGAGCAGAGCGCGGGCGGCGGGCCGGGCGCAGGGGAGGAGGGCCCCGCUGCGGCGGCGGAGGCGGGCGCGGCGGCCGGGCCCCGCGCUGGGGGCGGCGAGGGCGCGCGCAGCAAGCCGUACACGCGGCGGCCCAAGCCCCCGUACUCGUACAUCGCGCUCAUCGCCAUGGCCAUCCGCGACUCCGCCGGCGGGCGGUUGACGCUGGCCGAGAUCAACGAGUACCUCAUGGGCAAGUUCCCCUUUUUCCGCGGCAGCUACACGGGCUGGCGCAACUCGGUGCGCCACAACCUCUCGCUCAACGACUGCUUCGUCAAGGUGCUGCGCGACCCCUCGCGGCCCUGGGGCAAGGACAACUACUGGAUGCUCAACCCCAACAGCGAAUACACCUUCGCCGACGGGGUCUUCCGCCGCCGCCGCAAGCGCCUGAGCCACCGGGCGACGGCCCCCGCGCCCGGGCUGCGGCCCGAAGCAGCCUCGGCCCAGCCCGCCGCCGCGCCCCUGCCGCCUGCGCCCGCCGGCCGGGCCUCGCCGCGCGCGCGCUCGCCCGCCGGCCAGGAGGAGCGCGCCAGCCCCGCGGGCAAGUUCUCCAGCUCCUUCGCCAUCGACAGCAUCCUCAGCCAGCCCUUCCGCAGCCGCCACGACCGGGACGCGGCCCCCGGGGCGCAGCUGCGGUGGGGCGCCGAGCCCUGCCCGCCGCUGCCCGCGUACCCUGCGCUCCUGCCGGCGGCGCCCGGCGGGGGCGCGCACCUGUACUGCCCCCUGCGGCUGCCCGCGGCCCUGCAGGCGGCCUCGGCCCGCGGCCCCGGCCCGCACCUGCCCUACCCCGCGGAGACGCUCCUGGCCUGAGCCCCGCCGGCCGGAGUCGGGGGCGCGCCGUCUGGGAGCGGGGAGGCAGGCCGGGCUUUGCACUUUCGAUACAGAGGAAAAGGGACUUUUAGAAAAAUCUCCAUCAAACGUGCCUUAAAGCUAAAGCAUUUUGACAGAAAUGUUUUAACUUAGUCCAGAAUGUUUUCCUUCAACUUAUAGCUUUACAGAGGACCAAAGCAGUUCUUAAUUGUUUUAGUUUCUUGGCCAAGCCUGUUCCUCCCUCCCUUCAUAAAGAUUUUUCUCUCUCCUUAUCGCCCAAGAUCCCUUUAUUCCUACUAUUUUUGUCGCACCUUUCAUUGAUUUAUCCCCCUCCUCCCCAAAAAGUACAUCAGGGAACCAUUCCAUAAGAUAAAUGAUACGACUACUGUUUGGGCUUUACCAGGCCCCUCCGUGUACGUACGUGGCAUUUACAAGUAUGACUGAGUGUGAGAAAGGUGUCAGAGCAUCUUGGGUCAUUUCUCUGCUAUCGACCAUUGCUUCACUGUGCCAAACGGGAAAAAGAUGUGGUUGGGUUUUGUAAUUAAAUUAUUUAUAUGUUUUUUGAGACCUGAGUUGAAAAUGUUGCAGGCAACGGGCUACAGCUUUAUUAGUGGUUCUCCAACUGUGGUCUCCUUGGACCAAGUAAUCUCUUUAAAGGAAACGUUAGCAUUAUGUGUCGGGGGUGCCAGGACCACUGCCACUGGAAAGCAAGUGUGAUUUUUAUUUUUAAUAUUAUUUUAUUUGUGUCUGUGUACAUAUUCAUGUAUGAAUUUUAUGAAACUCAAGCAUAGUGCUUAUUUUUUAAUAAAAGUUACAACUGAUUUAAACACUUUGUG